GAUCCGAAGCCGGCACGUGAUCGUCGGGAGAAUCCGCCCAAAUAAUUUUCUUUCUUCGAGUGAAAAGGCAAAACCACCUACAUCCCACCUCGCAUGGUUUUCCUCACGCAAACUCUUCUCCUUCUUUCCGGAGAGAAAAUAUGAAGCUAAUCUCGACAUGACUCCACGAUAAUAUCGGCUUCGAAUCAUGGCAGACACAACACAAACUGCUCCAGUGGUAGCAGACCACAAGCCUCAAACUCUCCAAAAUGGAAAGCCUCGACCUCCCUCGCGGUUCCAACAGCUAAACAAACUGUAUAACCUACCUGCUCCUCUUCGAACCUUUCCUCUCCCAACCUUCGUCCCUCACAACCCUCUUUCACUAUUCCACAUUCUCUACGUGUGGUUGUCUCAUACGAUCAAGCGUCCGAGUUCGCACUUCGAUAUCUUGUACCAAGGUCUGUUCUCGCCGGAAACCCGGUCUGUUCACGUAACAGAUAUCCGGUCUAUCCGAGGCCUGUGGGAACAGGGAUUCUUUGGCAAGGGCACAUUAAGCAGAAGUGAACCUAGUUGGCUGAACAGGGAGAAGACUCGAAGGGGUGACAAGGCAAAGACCACUAGUGAAGAGAACACGAGGAAGAGGAGAGCUGAACGACAACAAACGAAGUGGGAGAGAGCCAGGAAGGAAAGAGAAGCUAUUGACCAGACGUUAUUGGAAGAAGCCAAACACGCCGAGGUGCAUGUGGAGGCAUUGAGCCAUGACGAUGUCGCGGUACCAACUCCAAUUGAUGCAGGAAUCGAAGGGAAUGCUGAACGAGCCGAGUCCGCUGCACAACAACUUUCGGUACCGACCAAAGUGGAACUCGUAGCCCCUAUUGGGCCUCUGGAACUUCUUGCACUUCCUAAUGCUCUCGCCGAACUAGACACCUGCACGGAGGGGCAUAACUUCGAUGUUGAUUGUCUGGCAGAAGAGUCUGCUUCACAUUCCAUCGACCGUUUUCACACGCCGCCCAUUGGACCAUUGGAGCUGCUUGCCCUACCCAAUUCGCUGCAAUCGGACAUCAACCUGAGAGAAAAUUCGAAGCAUUUUGCUACGCCAACAAACCACCACCCAACACUGCUACCAAUGAACCUCAAACCUCUUCCAGAUGCGAAGAUGAAUGGCAACGGGUUAUUGACAAGUAAUGCUUUUGGAAUCAAUAGUCAUGCCAAGACGGAUGAUCUUGAGAUUGUAGGAGGCUCAGAAACAAACGAUGAUACCGUUGAUGAAUCUAUACACUCGGAAGAAACGACAGAGACGAAUGGAACACCACCAAAUGGGUCUGUAUUGUCUAACGGGGGACCGUCAACACCCAAGAUGAAACGUCAGAAGAGUGUUCGUUUCUCCCCAACAGUUGAGAAAACCACAUUUCUCCAGUCAGAGCCUCCCAGUCCUGAACGGGCAGCCAUUGGGUCCAGUUCUGUUGAGGAAGAACCCUUGGUGAUAAAAACCCAGGAGCACUUACAGCUAAUGCUCGAGGAAGCUUUUUUCCUGUCAUAUGCUUUGGGUGCCAUUUCGAUCUUGAACACUGAAACAAACGCUCCGAUCUCAAAUCGAGAUUUGUUUUACCUUUUUCGAAAAACAUCAUAUUUCCCUCCUCAAACAAAUCCAUCUCUAUCACCCGAUGAUCCCUUCAUGAUGAAUUAUGUGGUAUACCACCAUUAUCGCUCAUUAGGUUGGGUCGUACGGUCUGGGAUCAAGUUCUCCGUGGACUAUAUGCUCUACAAUCGAGGUCCAGUAUUUUCACAUGCUGAAUUCGGUGUAGUUAUCCUCCCUUCUUACAGUGACCCAUAUUGGACCAGCGACCCCUUCUUGGAGAAAUACUCAAAAGAAAAGCAGCAACGGACGUGGGCUUGGAUGAGUUGUAUCAACAGGGUUAUCACCCAGGUCAAGAAGACGCUGAUCUUGACCUACGUGGAUGUACCAAAACCUCUCAGUGCACAGGAGGAACAGGAUCUUGGUAUCGAUGGCGCUUUGGCACGAUACAAAGUCCGAGAAAUUGUUAUGAAGCGUUUCGCGGCGAAUAGAAUGCGGGAUUAGGCUCCCUACGAUUUGUAAGAUACACCAAAAGUAUGAUUGAAUACUACUGCAGAUUCUCUUAUUGAUUGUCAUUGGUUU